UCACAUCAACCUACUCGGGGAAGCAAGUGUGCUUCAACACAGGUUAAAAUUUCCCAUCACCCUCCAUCUUUGAGCUGGAAAUGUUGCAGCCUUCUGCUUUUCAGGACACACCGGUCUGUCCAGUUUCAAAAGUCAGACUCAGAGGUAAACACUUCUUUAAAGACUGACACUCGGAAAGCACUGUAACUGCAAUUUUAGACUUUUUGAAAACCCAGUAAUGGCGUUACAAGAUGGCAGUGAAGUGGAUUAAACUUUUCAUUCAGUGUUUCGUGCUGUCAGCUGCUAAAUGUGAUUCCCACUCCCUUCAGUUCUUGUCCACAGGACAUGAACAGCCUGGACGUCGACCUUUAUUUGAGCAACUGACUGUAUUUGACGGAGUUCCCAUCUCUCACUGUGACAGUUGGACGAAGAAAGAGGAGUUCAAACCUGCCCUGGAAUCCAGCAAUUUACCUGUAAAAUGUGAUGAAGCAAGUUAUACUAUUUUAGAAUUUCUUCAUCGGAUUCCUCCACUUAACAGCACAGUGUACGUGCAGCGGCGCCGUGGCUGCAUCCUGUCAGCCAAUGGGAGUGUCUCUGCUUUUGAUGUCUGGGCAGUGAAUGGGGUGGACUUCAUAAGCUUUAACGCUGAGUCGCAGAGAUGGACAUCUCAUUCUCCCAUGGCAGGAACAGUUAAACAACGUUGGAACAACAAUAAUGCAAGGAAUUCUGCCCUUAGGAACUUCAUCAGAGAACAAUGUCCACUAUUGAUCCAUGGAAUUAAAUUAAGAUCAACACAGCAAAGUACAGAGCUGCGUGUCUUUGCCAAGCCCAUAGUGAACACGGACCAGGCACUGCUGAGGUGUCACGUGACCAGCACUGACAAAUCAGUGAGCUCAGUGCAUCUGAUUGAACCUGAGAACUCCAAGGCCAGCUGGGUCACUGUAACCGGGCCAGUGCCUUCCCAAGACGGAUCCAUGGUCCUCCGACUGACAGCUGAGAUCCCCCUGAGCUCAGACUUCAGCAUGUACGGCUGUAGAGUACAAACAGGAGGCCAUAACAUCACUGUCUUUUGGGAUGGAAAUACUCUCGAUGGCAGACACCUGCUUAACGUGUUAAAUGUCCAUUGGAAAAUUGUGACAGCAAUCCUUGGGUUCUGCUGCGUUUCGUUUGCAAUCACUGUUAUGUCCUGCGGAAUAAUAUACCUGCACAAAUGUGUUAAGAAGAAGAAAUUUAUUCGUGGACCAAGAAUUGCCCCACAGCUGAUUGAGCAGUUUGUCGUGUUUCAGAGGAGUGUUACUUCUGCAGACCUGUCGAAUGUGAUUGUUGCACUCAUACAAGGCACAGAGAGAAGCACAGUGUGGGGCCAGUGGGCACAGAGGACUGCACUGUUAGAAAGUGAACUUUAUCAUCCAGAAUACUUUGCUCAUCAAAUUGAAGGAGCACUGAAAUAGUUAUGCUUGCAACUAAGGAAA